AUGUCUCAACUCCCGCAAUCCGAAAAUGAUGUCCAAAACCAAAUGGUGACACCAGAAAGUCGAGUGUUGAUCGUUAUGACCGGUGGUACAAUCGGCAUGCAACACUCCCCAUCAGGCUAUGUACCGGCCACAGAUUUUCAAGAAUCCUGCCUAGCAGGAAUUUCGCUGUUCAAUGAUGGGUCUCCAUCAUCGGUGCUUAAUGUGGUCAUGAAUAGGAAAGGAGACAUUCAGACACGUACCAGCCUACGGACCCCUCCAUCGGCCUACCAGCGACAGAUCAGGUACACAGUAUGCGAAUUUGAUGACUUAAUUGAUAGCUGCUCCGUUGGUGCGAAAGAGUGGACGGAUAUUGCUGAGAUUAUAUUUUGUAAUUAUGGUCUCUUUGAUGGCUUCGUCGUUCUGCACGGGACCGACACCUUGGCAUAUACCUCCUCCGCACUAAGUUUCAUGUUACGGAACCUCGGCAAACCAGUUAUCCUGACUGGGGCACAAGUUCCGAUGAGAGAAUUGCAAAGUGAUGCUCUCCACAACCUCCUUGGAUCAUUGGUGAUUGCUGGUCAUUUUAAGAUUCCAGAAGUCUGUCUAUACUUCAACAACCGACUUUUACGUGGUAACAGAUCAACGAAGACGUCCGCCAGUGAGUUUGCGGCGUUCGACUCCCCGAACUAUCCGCCGCUAGCUGUCACAUUGUCUUCAGGAACGAACGUUGCAUGGGACCUGGUUCGUAAGCCGAAGGAGACCGAGAGCUUUUCUCUACAAAAAGUGCUAGAUACUAGGCACGUGGCUUGCCUCCGUCUUUUCCCUGGUAUCAGACCUGAGAUGGUGAAUGCGGUCUUAAAAAUGGAGGGGCUUCGCGGUCUGGUACUAGAGACUUUUGGUCCAGGAAGCGCACCUCUUAGCCCUGAUCGAGCCUUGAUCAAGGCACUGGCGUGUGCGGUCGAUGAGGGUAUCGUCAUUAUCAGCGUCUCACAGUGUCUGAAUGGAAGCGUGAACCCUGUCUAUGAUUCAGUUGCUAGUCUUAGCAAUGCUGGCAUAGUGGCCGGACUUGACAUGACUACAGAGGCUGCAAUGACAAAACUUGCAUAUCUUUUCGCAUUACCAAACUCCACGACUCGAUCUGUGGCUGAAGGCAUGGUUAAGUCCCUUCGAGGUGAAUUGAUAGAAAUUUCGGGACCAAUUUUCGAACAUCCGAAUGUCACCAAAUCCGAAAGUUCUCUGGUCUUGAGUGAUUUAUGCCAAGCAAUCUCCCUCAAUGAUGCUGAACGCGUUCAAGGAAUUCUCAAUUCCCAGAAUUGUAGUUCCUUAAACGACUCAGAUUACAUGGGUAACACGCCUUUGGUUAGUUCGCCCAUGUCCUGGUAA